UUUGAUCUGCACUCCAUUUUCACGAUGGGGAAAAGGGACCCUUGAAUGACAUAGACUGUGCAUCCUCCCUCAAAGGUGUAAGAUUCCAGAGAGCAAUUGAGAGAACGCAUGUGUGAAGAAACCAUGGCACACAUGCCUGGGCUGGGUAGGGAGAGUGGAUGAAAGUCUCAAUGGCAGAGCCCAUGUUUCCAAGGCUGAAUGGAUAGAGGGAGAGAGGUCUACCUACUGCUUGACCAGCUAUGGACCAAGUGUCUGCAGUUGAUCAUGUUGGCUUCUCUUCUCACAGGGCGGAAGCUUCGAUGUGGCAGACAGAAUGUUCCACAGUGUGAAGAACACGUGGGAGUCUGCAUCCAAAGAGAACAUGAGUGACGUCAGAGAGUUAACCCCAGAGUUCUUCUACCUGCCUGAGUUCCUAACCAACUGCAAUGCUGUGGAGUUUGGCUGCAUGCAGGACGGGACAGCUCUGGGAGAUGUGCAACUCCCUCCCUGGGCAGAUGGGGACCCUCGGAAAUUCAUCAGCCUGCAUAGACAGGCUCUGGAAAGUGACUUUGUCAGUGCCAACCUCCACCAUUGGAUAGACCUCAUUUUUGGGUACAAGCAGCAUGGGCCAGCCGCGGUGGAGGCAGUUAAUACCUUCCACCCCUACUUUUAUGGUGACAGAAUGGACUUCAGCAGCAUAAGUGACCCCCUGAUCAAGAGCACCAUCCUGGGGUUUGUCAGCAACUUUGGACAGGUACCCAAACAGCUCUUUACCAAACCCCACCCAGCCAGGACCACGGCAGGGAAGCCUCUACCGGGAAAGGAUGCCUCUACACCUGCGAUCCUGCCCAGCCACCCACAGUCUUUCCUCCACAGCCUGCAGGCAUUGAAACCCUCCCAGGUCACUGUCAAAGAUAUGUACCUUUUCUCUCUAGGAUCAGAGUCCCCCAAAGGGGCCAUCGGCCACAUUGUCCCUACUGAGAAGACUAUCCUGGCCGUGGAGAAGAACAAAGUUCUGCUGCCCCCUCUCUGGAACAAAACCUUCAGCUGGGGCUUUGAUGACCUCAGCUGCUGCCUGGGGAGCUAUGGCUCUGACAAGAUCCUGAUGACAUUUGAGAACCUGGCUGCCUGGGGCCGCUGCCUGUGUGCUGUGUGCCCAUCGCCCACCAUGGUUGUCACCUCUGGGGCCAGUGCUGUGGUAUGUGUGUGGGAGCUCAGCGUGGUCAAAGGCCGCCCAAGAGGGCUGCACCUCCGGCAGGCCUUGUAUGGACACACCCAGGCUGUCACGUGCCUGGCAGCCUCAAUCACCUUCAGCCUCCUGGUGAGCGGUUCCCAGGACUGUACUUGCACCCUGUGGGACCUGGACCAUCUCACCCACGUGGCCCGCCUGCCUGCCCACCGAGAAGGCAUCUCAGCCAUUGCCAUCAGCGAUAUCUCGGGCACCAUUGUCUCCUGUGCGGGAGCCCAUUUGUCCUUAUGGAAUGUCAAUGGACAGCCUCUGGCCAACAUCACCACAGCCUGGGGGCCAGAAGGAGCCAUAACCUGCUGCUGCAUUGUGGAGGGCCCAGCAUGGGAUGCAAGCCAUGUCAUUGUCACCGGGAGUCAAGAUGGCAUGGUUCGGAUUUGGAAGACUGAGGAUGUGAAGAUGUCUGUUCAUGGGCAGGAAGCAGCAGAGGAACCCUCCACUGGGCCUCCAAGCCCCAGAGGUCACAAGUGGGAGAAGAACCUUGCCCUGAGUCGAGAGCUGGAUGUCAGUGUUGCUUUGACAGGGAAGCCCAGCAAGGCCAGCCCUGCGGUGACAGCUUUGGCUGUGUCCAAAAACCAGACCAAGCUGCUUGUCGGCGAUGAGAAGGGGAGGAUUUUCUGCUGGUCUGCUGAAGGGUAGGAGGAGACAAAUGGUGGAGGCUCCCACAUUGCAACCAGGCACCUCCGGGGCAGCAGCACCAGUCUGAAGGCAGCAGAGGUGAUGCAGGGCCUGGCUCUGUACCCAAAGGAGCUUCUAGUCACCCCAUCCCCUGCCCCAGUUCUCACAGAAGAGGCCUCUUGUGAUUAGCACUAGGUACCCCAGCACAUCUCUGUGGCCUAUGGGAUUUAUGUCUGAAAGAUCAGAGCCCACAUCUGUGCUGGAAACUGACUUGCUUGGUGACAAGGUGCAUAGGAAAUUACAUACAACCUACCGUAU